UCACUCACUCACGUAGAGAAGAGACGUGACUGUGAGGAAAAAAGUUAAAUUGUUUCGUUUGCUGAAGAAAAAACAAGAUUUCUUGAAAGAAAUAAUUAAUUUGCCAGUAAAAACUAUAAAUUUUUAAACAGUAUUUAAUUUUAGUUAUGCUUUGAAAACAACAAUUUGGUUGCAAAAAAACAUAGUAGUGGAAAAUUAGUCAGUAAAUCUAAUGAAUGUGUGUGUGCAAAAUUAUUAACAAAAAAAAAGAAAGUGUGUUGGUUGAAGAAAAAAUCAGUGUAGUGUAAAAAUUCGAAAAACGAAUAAAAUUGUGAGGAAAUCGUGAUGUCACUACUACUGCUGCUUCAAUAAAAACAAAAGGAACAAGCGGAAGAGAGCGCUUAAUUAAACAAAAACGAGAGAGUGUGGAAAAAAGAAACAAACACCAAAGAGAAUUCGUCUCUUUUGUACUCAAAAUUGAUGUAAAGAGAAAAACAAACGAAAAAUACACAACAAUACAACAAUUAACAAGAAUUUAAAGAAAAUACGUCCAAAAAAGCAAAAAAUAUUUAAUGAAACAUUAUUAAAAAAGUGAAAUUUUAACAAAUUUUAUCGUAUAAAAACCCUCCAAUUAUAACAACGAGUAAAAAACAACUACAAAAAUACAGCCAAGAUAUAAAAAUAGCAAAAAAAAAAUAAACUUCACUAUUCCGCCCACAAUACAGAAAAAGUUUAAAUAAAAAGUGGCCAACACUUCUAAAGAGUUUAAAUUUAAAAAAAUUAAAAUUUUAUUAAAAACAAAUCUCACAGUCCAUCCUUCCCUUUGAUUUCUGAACCCGUCCAUCAACAACAAAAUUUUUGAACAAAAAGAGGAAUAGAAAUAAAUUCCGAUAUAAAAGAAACCAACCACCCUCUCAACAUUCUGUAUUAUUUAAUUUUGUUCUUGUGUUCUUGUCCAUCUACGCCAAAACAAACACGAGAAAACAAACUCCAGAAUUGUUCCAAAACACACACGCUCAGAUACACAAGUCCUGUCAACAGAAAAGCAGAAAAAGAAGAAAAAACAACAAACCGUAGCUGUAACAAGCAGCAGUCUUUGCCAACAUGUCUUUGGAAUCAGGUGCUGGUGGCGGCGUCAGCGGUUCGGCCGCUACACCAAAAUCCUUUGAUGAACUAAACAUGGAAGUUGAACGUUUGACACGUGAACUCGAUCAGGCCACCAGUGAACGUGCUCAAUCCGCCCAAUACGGUCUCUCAUUGUUGGAGGAAAAAUCCAGUCUCGAACUGAGACUCGAAGAAUUGGAAACAUUGUACGACAAUGCAAAACAUGAAUUGGAUAUAACACAUGAAGCUCUUACCAAAUAUCAAACCUCACAAAAAGUUACAACAAAAACUGGCAUAGAACAGGAGGAGACUCUGCUAAAUGAAUCGGCAGCUAGAGAAACUUCACUCAAUCUGCAAAUACUGGAUUUGGAAAAUGAAGUUAAACAGUUGCGCCAUGAAUUGGAACGUGUGCGCAAUGAACGCGAUCGUAUGCUGCAGGAAAACUCCGAUAUCGGCCGCGAUAAGUCCGAUAAUGAGGCUGAGAAACUACGUCUUAAAGCUGAGCUUAAAGAACUCAAGUUUCGUGAAACUCGUAUGCUUACGGAAUACUCAGAGUUGGAAGAAGAAAACAUAUCGUUACAAAAGCAAGUCUCAAGUUUAAGAAGUUCACAGGUUGAAUUUGAAGGUGCCAAACAUGAGAUAAGACGUCUAACCGAAGAAUUGGAAUUGUUAAAUCAACAAGUCGAUGAAUUAACAAAUCUAAAAAAGAUUGCUGAAAAGCAAAUGGAAGAAGCUCUGGAAGCUUUGCAGGGAGAACGCGAAACAAAAUAUGCUCUCAAAAAAGAACUGGACAGUCACUUAAAUCGCGAGUCUAUGUAUCACAUCACCAACAUGGCAUACAACAUACGCGGCACAAUAUGCGAUGACAACACGAGCACCAACAGCGAUGGCGAAGAAGACAACCUGGCCCUGAAACGUUUCGAGGCCAACUUGUCAACUGAACUCAAAUCUCCCGAUGGCACCAAAUGUGAUCUCUUCUCAGAAAUUCAUUUGAACGAACUGAAAAAGCUGGAAAAACAAUUGGAGUCUAUGGAAAAUGAAAAGACCCAUUUAACGGCCAAUUUGCGUGAAGCUCAAACGAAUUUGGAUAAAUCACAAAAUGAAUUGCAAAACUUUAUGGCCCGCCUAGCAGUGUUAGCAGCCCAUGUGGAAGCUUUGAUGCAAUUGAAGAAACAAUACGAUCACAAAGAAUUCUCACAAGAGGCUAUAAAACAAAAACAGAACGAGGAUAAUCUUAAGCAGCAGCUGCGUGAUACUUUAACUCAAUUUGGCAAUUGGUUCUCUUUGUCGUCGAAGGAGAUUGAUGGUCUCAAGACUGAUUUGAAUGAGUUGCAAAAGGGUUUGAACUAUACCGAUGCUAUGACUUCGUUGCGCAACGAAAUUACCAGUUUGAAAAACAAAUUAAUGAACACCGAACAGAAGUCUUUGGAUCUGCAAAGUGAUGUUCAAACUCUCACAAAUAUUUCACAAAAUGCUGGACAAAGUUUGGGCUCGGCUCGUUCCACAUUGGUAGCUUUAAGCGACGACUUGGCACAGCUUUAUCAUUUGGUGUGUACGGUUAAUGGUGAGAUGCCAACCCGAGUGUUGUUGGAUCAUAAGACCGAUGAUAUGAGCUUUGAAAAUGAUUCUCUCACUGCUAUACAAUCACAAUUCAAAUCGGAUGUCUUUAUAUCAAGACCUCAAAUUGUAGAAGAUUUGCAAGGUCUUGCGGAUUCGGUGGAAAUUAAAAAAUACGUUGACACCGUAUCGGAUCAAAUUAAAUAUCUUAAAACUGCCGUUGAACACACCAUUGAGCUUAAUAAGAAUAAAGUUCGCGGAGAUGUUACAGAAUCCGACAAAUAUAAUCGUGAAGAAGUUGAAGAACUUCAAGAACAAAUUAUUAAACUCAAGAGUCUGUUGUCCACAAAACGUGAGCAAAUUGCCACCUUGCGCACAGUGCUCAAAUCCAAUAAACAAACAGCCGAAGUUGCACUUACCAAUCUCAAGUCGAAAUAUGAAAAUGAGAAGAUGGUCGUAAGUGAAACCAUGUCUAAAUUGAGAAAUGAAUUAAAGAUUCUCAAAGAAGAUGCUGCUACAUUCUCAAGUUUACGUGCAAUGUUCGCUGCUCGUUGCGAAGAAUACGUUACACAAGUUGACGAUCUUAAUCGUCAAUUGGAGGCUGCCGAAGAAGAGAAGAAGACUCUUAAUCAGUUGCUACGCUUGGCCGUACAACAGAAGUUAAAUUUAACCCAAAAACUGGAAGAAAUUGAAAUGGAUCGUGAGAUGCGUACCGCACGUCGCUCAAUGCCACCACCACGAGGCACAGGCGGAAAAUCAUCGUUCUCAUCACGACCAUCGACAAGAAAUCAACCGAACAAUAAUCAAAAUCCCUUCUAACAUAAAAUAAGCGUGCAGCGUAAACUUUUAGCUUUAGUUUACACCCUACUUAAGUUAUAAAUUGUUUAAAACAGAAAACAAAAAAACAAAACACAUAUACACACACACACACUUACAGAUUUCAAAGAAAACCAGCAACCUACGUAGAAAAAUGAUUGAAAUCUUUAGUUAUUUUAUACUUUCUUAUUAGAAUUAAUAUUCCUUAACUUAAUUUUGGGUAUUUUAUUUUACUUUUUUCUUCAUUUAAAAUUUUCUUCUGUUUGAACACGGUAAUGGGUAUUAAAAACAAAUGUUAUUAUUUUUAAUUAAAUAUUUAAAAAAAAAAAACACAAAAAACUCGAAACAAAAUCAUUGUUAAUUGAGUAAAAAAAAUUAAAUAUUCAUGUAUUACUAACAUGUUAAACUAUACAGUACUAUUUUUUCGGUUUUUUCGUCUACUAUACUUACUAGUUUUUAUUAUUAUUUUUUUCUUAUUUUCUUUUUAAACUUAAUACAUAAAUAAUUUCCUCUUCCUUUCAUUUUCUCGAAAGAAAUGAAAAUCUAAAGUAAAUCUUUAAAGAAAACUAUUUUAUAACUUUAAUUAUAUAAACAAAUAUUUAUGUGUAUUUAUAUUUAUAUGUAUUAAUUAUUAUACAAGUUUGAUAUUGUUAAAAUAACAAGAUAAACAUCAACAACAACAACCACAAAACAAAAAAAACAAUUAUUUUGAAAAAUAAUACGGUUUGUUACUUACACACUACACACGUCCAUUUAAUACAAUUGAAAACUAAAAACAAAAAUCAAUCUAUCAUCAUUCACAUCCAAAAACAAACAAAAAAAAGAAAUAAUGCAAACUUUCUUAAAGAACUAUUUGUAUUCAUUAUUUCCUUUAUACAAAAACGUAAGAAAUUAAAAGAAAAAAGUCAUUAUUAUUUGAACUGUUCUAGUUGUGCCAGCAAUACACCUGUACAAAUUAGAACAGAUUUGACUAUAAUUAUUAAAUUUAAUAUUGUUAAAUUAUUUUCUGUUAAAUUUUAUUCAAAAGAAAUUGAUUAAAUUGUAUUUAGUUAAAUGUUUAAAUAAAUUGUAAUAAAUUCAUUUAAUUUGUUUGUUUCCUUUUCUUUCUUUUUUUUUUGUAACGUACAAUAAUUAUGAGUUUUCUUUUGGUAAAAUAUAUAAAAUUUGUGUUAAUUUUCAGUUUCCUUUGAAAUUAAAUCAUAACACUUGAAAAAACGCUGUACGCAAAAGUUAAACAAAAUGAAAUUAAAACAAAAAAUAAAAUAUUUUUUAAAUGAUCUAACAAAAAUAAAAACAAAUUAAAGAAAAAUUACAUUUUUUGGUGUUUUUUGAUAUAUAAAUUUUAGAGAAAAAAAAUAAAACAAAAACAUAUUUUUAUUAAAUAGAAAAAAUAAAAAAUAAACAAAAAUAACAUGGUAUAAGAUUUACAUUAAAAUUACAUAUUGGUCACUUUUUACAAAACUAAAGUAAAGUGUAGUUACAACAGAAACAUUAAAUUUUUAAUAAAAUAAAAAGCUAAUCUGUGUUAAAAAACAAAAUUCAAUGGUUAAUAAUUUAAAUUUCUUUAUUUAUCGACGAUUACUAAACAUCACCAAUUAAGAUUGAGUAAAUUGAUAUGAAAAUGCUUUGGGUUAAAGGUCAAUCAAUAACAUUUGAAGUGAUAAAAACAGAAAACAGUUCCCGUUAUUUUAAAAUACAUUGAACAUAAAAUUUUGCAGUAGUUAGGGACAGAUUUCACCUAAAUUAACUUAUGAUCAUUAUUUUGAAUAAAGCAAUUCAGUUAGAUCAUCUGCACAAUCACAACAACCAUACGUAUUAUCUAUGUUGUUGUUGUGAUUGUGCAAAAGUUCGUGAUUUGAAUUAUUUGCAAAGGGUUAAAAAUUCAAAAUACCCUAUUAUUGUACCUUUAUGUUUAAAAACCUGUAGAAUAUCAAACGUGAGUGCAUAGUUUUCUUCAAACGGGAACAAAUUUUAAGAAGUAAAAGAACCAAUUUAACAAAUCGACAAAUCGUAUAUAAUCCUAAUAUCAUUAAAGAUUGCGUACAACUAUAUAAAGUUGCGUCAAAACCAAAAAUCGAACAGAAAUGCAAAGCAUUAGAUUUGUAUUUUACAAUAAACAUACAGCCCAAUUAUGAAUAAUAAUUCCCCGGGAGUUUUCUCCCUUUUAUCAUUUUUCCUAUUCAAAUUCAAUGGGAAAAAAACUCCCUGGGAACAAAAUUCCGCGAAAUUUUUUAUUCAUAAUUGUGCUGAUAAUCACCUCUAUCGGCAAUAACAUGUGAAAUUUAUGGUCCCAUGAAAUAUCCAUUUCCCUCGAAGGGAAAAUUGCUAUCGUGAUAUUCCCCUGAACUUUUCAUUCACAAUAGUUGAUUUUGUUCGCAACAGCUGUUUAUUGUUUACAAAAUUCCAUCUAAAAAUUUCACAACAUGGGGAAUUUUUUCACGUGAACAAAAUUUAUGAAUGAAAAAUGGGAAAAGGGAACAAUAGAGUGAAAAUGAAUGAAAAUUCAUCAAUAGAAUGAUGAUUUCUAUUGAAUGAUAGAAUGAAUGAAAAUAGGAUGAAUGGAAAUGAAUAGAAUGAAAAUGAAUCAAUGAAUGAAAAUAAAAAGAAAAUCUACCUUUUAACACAGAUUAGUUUUAUAUAGUUAUACACGUUAAAUAAAUAGUUGAACUUAUAAAUUAUACCAAUUUUAUUUACAUAUAAAUUUAAAAUUCAAAACAAAAAUAAAAUCUUAGCAAAAAUUAUAAAUUAACCACAAAAAUAAAACAUUUUAGAGCAACAACAGAAGUAUCAGUAGCAAAAGAAUUUAAGUUGAAAUUCACUAAAUGGAAAAAGCAUCAACUUAUUUCCAACAAUGGCAAUAUUUAAAAUAUUAUAUAACAAAUGAAUACAAAAAUUAUAUUUUUCAAUGAAAAUAAAAUGUUAUAACGUUUUAUGAAAACUAUUAAAUUUACUUAUUGGAAAUUUAUUAUAGUACUUUUAUUUUUAUUAAACAUGGCUUUAAUUAAAACAAAUUAUGGUUAUAACAGGUAUAACAAAUAUACGUAUAUGGGUUUUACACAAAACUUUGAAUUGUUUAAGAAAACAUCACUAAUUCAAAGUCUUAUUUUUGAAUUUUCAACAUUUCAGGUUUACAAGUUUAUAUAAUUUUUAUUUUCUUUUUAAAUAUUAGUAUUUUUCUUCUUUAAUUUCCACAAAAUUUAUAAUUUAAUGCAGCUUUUUAAUCCUGGUCAUUUAUUCCUGCAGUGACGUUAACAAAUGUGCUUUAAUUCCUUAACUUUAUAUUUUUAACUUUAUUUUAUUAAUUUAUACUUUAGCUUUUAAGUUAAUUAUUUAUAAAGUAGCAAAUAAUAAAUUUAUAACAAAUAUGUAGUUUAAAUGAAAUUAAUAAAAAAAAAGAAAUAUUUAUAAAAAUAA